AUGACAUCUGCCCUAUCUCCAACUCAAUCCCAUUACAUGAACCCAAUGCUUCAUCAAUACAGAAAGAGAGUCAUGUUGAAGCGUUCCACACAUCAGAUCAAUGAUCCCGUUGUCGUGCAACAGAAAUACACAUCCAACAAGAAGUUGGUUCGAUUUCAUGAUGACAAAGAUCAGCUUGAACAAGUUCGCUACUUCUUCAAAACUCAAUCACCCAUCACUGUCAAGGAUGAUCCUCCCUUUAUGGAUACAUCAGCUGAUGACUACAAGCUUACACAGCCCAACUGGCCUACAAGAAACCAAAUCUUUUACAAUACUGAAAGCAAGAUCCGUAUGGAAGCGGUGCAAUUGAUUGAUGGUGAUGUUGAACACAUGGCAGAGAACAAAUUUAUCAUCCAGGGCCGUUGCAGAGCAGCCAAUCUUUCAUUUCACAAACUCGUAUCCAUCAGAUACACCUUUGAUUUAUGGCGUACUUACUCAGAAACUACUGGUGAAUACCGUGAGUCAAUUGCAAGCACAUCAAACACCUGGGAUCGAUUCUACUUUUCAAUUCCUGUGGAGGCAAAGCAAGCCACUCAAACCGUCUACCUUGCCUUGAGAUACACUGUCGAUGAUCAAGAGUACUGGGAUAACAACAAUGGCAUGAACUAUCAAAUCAUCAUGACUCCUGAUGAAUCCAUUAUGAAUACUAAACACAACGAUACCAAUAGCAUUACACUCAUGGAUGAAAAAGAGCAGGCUCUCACUCCUAUCACCACUACCACUACACCAACAUCAUCACCAUCCUCCACUACCACCACCAACACACUCUCAUCACCCUUCAUUCCCGAAACAACUGUCCAGGAAAAGAAAGAAGCUACAAAGGUAUUGGGUAGACGAUAUGAUUUCACUGCUUCUCUUACUGCUGCUCGCAAGCCCAUGUCUCCUCCUCCUUCCCCACCUGGCACUCCUGUUGAUACUGAAAUCUUUAAUUAUACCCCUCCCGUCUUCUUUGGUGAUUCCCAUCAAUUCGAUGUUGCUCCUGCUGUUACCUAUCAAAAGUCUGAACCUAUUGCAAUUGCUUCAAAACCCCCUGCUUCGCCGCCAAUCUCGGCUGAAGGCUUUCAAAUGAGCUACUCUGACUUUGUCAACAAGUAUUGCUUCUAUAACUCUCAUUCCAAUCCUAUUUACAGUACCUUUUCAACUUCUCCAUCUGCUGUUCUUUCCUAA